CAGUUUUACGUGUUCAACCAGUUGUAAAAUGAAGGCAUUCGUGGUGUUUGCGAUGGCAAUUGCCCUGGCGGCCAGCGCUGCUGUCGAAAAGAAGGAAGCAGAGGCAGCACCGGCUGCAGCUGAGGGCGAGAAAAAGCAGGAAAAGCGUGGUCUGUGGGAUCUUGGCUACGGCUACGAAUCGCACGGUUGGGACUCGCACAAGCUGUCUCACGGUUGGGACGAACCCGUGCACGUGAAGAAGGUCCAUGUCCCGUACCCGGUCGAGGUUGAGAAGCACGUCCCAGUCCCGGUGAAGGUCCCGUACCCAGUCACCGUUGAGAAGCACGUCCCAGUUGUGGUUGAGAAGAAGGUCCCGGUCUACGUCGAGAAGCACGUCCCAGUGCACGUCGAUCGUCCAGUCCCGUACCCAGUGAAGGUCCCGGUUAAGGUUGUCCACAAGGAGUACGUCGAGGUCCCGAAACCGUACCCGGUGCAUGUCGAGAAGCACGUCCCGGUCAUCGUGAAGAAGCCAGUGUACGUCGAGAAGCAUGUCCCCGUCGUCGUGAAGUCGCACGGAUGGGAGCCUCAUUCGCACUCGUACUCCGAGUUCCACUCGUGGUAAACGAGCAGGUCUCUAGCUCCUGG